AUGUCUAUACAAGCUUGCCCAGUCAGUGGCAUGAGCGGCUCGAAUGCUGGAGGUUGUCCAGCAGGUCGCAUGGGACCGCGAGGUUGCGCGUUUGCGGCAUUCCAACCCAAUAUGGGUGCCCCAACAGUUCACUCUGCUGGCGCUGAAGACGCUGGUGUUCUAUAUGAGAAAGAGCGCAAAGCACUCAACGAAAUGCUUAUGCCGGAAGCGCCUGCUCGGCAGGUCACACACGGUCUGAAGAACGCCGAUCCUUUACAACCAGAAGACGACGAUUUACUUGCAAUGGCUCUCGGUGCCCCCGCUCGUCGCGUAUUGAUGCGAGCCGAGGAGAUCGGUCCUCGCACAGGCUGGAAGGAUGGAUACCUAUCCUCCGAGUAUGGCUUUCUACCACCCGACCCAUCGGAUUCACCCGUUGCCCUUCGCGCCUCGCCUGGAAGAAUAUGGUCCGACCUUUGCGAGAGAAUGCCUGGUGUCGUUGCUAGGGGCGCCAUGAGAGAAGCUAUAUUGCAACUGCCACUUGUUCAUGGAACGCCAGACGUCAUUCCCGAUCGGGCCCUUUGGGCAGCAACAGUCUGCCUCGGAAUUCUUGCCAGUGUAUACCGAUACGAGGAGGCAAACGAUGGCAGUGAAGGAGUGAGCAUAAGAGCCCCCCCUGGCGCAUUUCGGAACAUCACUGGCGAAGCGGAUGACGAAGAGGAGGAGACCAAGGGGAUACCACGGAACAUUGCUAUCCCUCUCCGCCAUAUCAAUACUCGCAUGGGCCGGGCACUUCCACAUUUGACCCAAUUCGAUGUCAGCAUCUAUAACUACAAAUUGAGGGAUCCUACAAGCGUCCAGCCAUAUGUUGCUCGCACAGAGAACAUGGACCUGCGAUGGCCGGUCUUCAAUGAUCGUGGCGAGGCCAUGUUCCUCCUGUGCAUGGCGGAAGUACACGGUUGCUUUCAGCAUGGUAUUGAAUCGGUAACACGAUGCCAGGAACAUGUUAUGAACCGCGACACAGACGGUCUACUUCAGGAGUUGAUUCAUCUGAAGUCUAUUGUCGAUCAGUUAGCCUAUGUCUUCCACAAGAUUAGCGUCAACCCUUCCGCCGGCGAACAAUUUGCAAACCCCGUAGAGUGGGGCCAACGUUAUGCCAAAUUCAGCGCUCCGCUGUCGAAGAGAGUCCCUGCCCUGUCGGGGCUCGCCCUACCACUGUUUUUGUUGUUGGACGCAUUCAUCGGCAGGACAAAAUACAAGUCUUUCUUGGGCAUUGAAGCAGUUCAUCUUCGUCGAUGGCUUCCGUUGAACAUCCGAGCUUUCAUUGCUGCGGUUGAAAACCAUUACCGCAUUCCAGAGUUUGUCAAGUCCAGCGGAGACCCGAGGCUUGAAGGCGUGCUGGAGGGUAUCAUUGAGUCCUACGCUGGAGAGCGUGGGUUCAUGGGUACCCAUAGAUACAAAGUAUACGGUUUCCUGGAAGUAGUCGCAAAGACUGGCCGCACGGAGACAAACGGAAACGCUGGUGCUGGAGACAGCGAGGGCAGAGCAUGGGAGGAAGUCCAUCGAACCCUCUCCGAUUCUAUGAAAGAAAGGCUUGAUCCAUACCGUGGUGAGGUGAAGGUUCAGCCUCAUGAGAUGCGUGGGAGCUUCGAGGAGUGCCGAUUCCAAGCGAAGAUCUUGGAUCGACAGAAUGUCGAUGCCGACCCUCAGCGGUCAACCGGGAUGGUGACCUUUGACUUGCAUAAUACUGGCAUCACAUUCCAGCCCGGUGACCGACUGGCUGUCAUGCCGAUCAAUCCUUCCUACGAGACAGCGAAGGUGGCCGCCGCUCUUGGUCUCGACGAACUCAUGGAGUUACCUGUCCCGGUUGAGCAAGGUUCGGAAUGGGCUCGAUUUUCGAAGCAUCUGGAAACCAUAUACAAAAAGCCCACCAAUGGUCUCUCCGUCCACCAGAUCCUGAAAAGGGGUCAUCUGGCGCCUUUGACUAAAGACCUGGUGAUCUCAAUUCACCAAAUGCUUCGCGCGUCAUCUCAGACCACUCUCAAAAUUCUUGCCUCGGAUUCUUGGCCGGUCAAGGGAAGCAUUGGUGACCUAUUGCAGACUGCAAUUGUAGAGGUUCCGCAAGAUAUCUGGGACCAGGCUUUUGACCUGUCCAACCUCUCAUGGCUUCCAAAACUCAUUAAACUUGAGGUUCCGCGGACAUAUAGUAUCUCGAACGCCGCCGACAGCCUGCUACCAAGCAUGAUUGAUCUCACCGUCUCUCGAACCGAAUCUGCCCGCGAUCCCUUGUUCCAGUCAGUACAGCCCGCAUUGCCUCUUUAUGGAGUCUCCAGUGGCUUCCUCAACCCAUCUCCUCAGCUCAUGGAUUUCCCAUGCAAUGUUCCCGACGAUGAGGGCGUAUUGAUUGGAGUUUCUCGCCCAAUUCAGUUCCAAUUACCACCCAGCAGCACUGUGCCUGUUGCCAUGUUCGCCGGAGGCUCCGGUAUUGCACCUUUCCGAGGUUUUUGGCAGGCUCGUUCGCAAACUGGUAUCGGUCGGAAUAUUAUGUUCCUAGGUGUCCAGUCGCGGGAGAAGUUCCUCCACGAGGCAGAAAUGCGAGGUCUCGUUCAACAAGGAGUACUUGAGCUCCAUACAGCUUUCUCAAGAGAUCGUAGAGGACUUCUGUUCGACCCUUCGUCGAGAGACCUGAUUGAGCAUGAUACAGACCCAUGCUAUGUCGACACUACCAUCGUUGAACAGGGACGAUUGGUAUCAGAACUCGUUAUGUCCAAGAGUCAAGGAGGACUCGGGGGCUAUCUAUACAUCUGCGGAUCGGUUUCUGUCUACGAGACGGUCAUGUCCGGCAUUCGACAGGCAAUUUACAAACAUGCUGCCUCGACGCAUGAUUCAGCCGAUACCCUACUGGCCACCGCGUUCGCUGAACGACGCUUUAUGCUCGACAUCUUCAUGACACCGCGCGCAAUCUCAAGUUCGACACCGACCAUUCCCAUGUCAAAGCUUGCUGUUCAUACCGGUCAUCGCAAGGGAUCCCGGAUGUGGAUCGGUGUUCACGGUGGCGUUUACGACGUAACUGAUUUCCUCCCCAUGCAUCCUGGCGGUACCUUGAUCGUUGCAGGUAGUGCUGGCCUAGAUGCAUCCAAGACAUUCGAUGACCUUGCACAUACUAGCAACCCGGAAGUUUCGAGUCUUCUAUCCAAGUACUUUAUUGGGCAUCUGGGAGGCAAGCCUGACUUCCGGUCAACAGAGCUCAGCCAUAUGUACGACCAGUGGUAUCAAUAUCUACGAACUACGGUGGAGACAUUGACAACCCUGUCCUUCGAGACAAAUAACAUUAUGGAGGACUCCAAAGUCUGGUUCUCGGGUGGCCUCUUCAACAUCGGCGGAGUGAGAAAGUUUUACCAGUUCCAAUCUCGCCUGAUGCAGGGUGGCUUCUCGACCCUCUUCGGUGCCAAGCUUCAGGAGAUAUACCUUAAGCUUUCUUACAGUCUUGCCAACUCCAUUGCGCCCAACGUUCGUCUUCCUGACAUCAUUGGCACGAUCACCAGGGCGCAAGCUUCCCCCAACUGCACGAAGGCGAUGACAGAGAUAUCCGAGAUAGGCCAGUUCGUCUGCAACAGCAGCAAGUCGGCCAGAUUCCACGAGAACGGCAUUCUCAAAUACGCACAGACAGUAACGGAACUCGAUAUUCAGUUUAUUGAGCAGGUCCGAGAUGAGAUAGCGUCGGGCAUGGACGCUUUCGAUUUGAUUGCUGCCAUGGACGAGCCGGCAAACUCCAAGCAAGUCAAGUUGGCUUCGUAUCUCAUCACGAUCCUUGAGCGAGUCGCCGCCCGACUGGAGGGAUACUAUUCUUCAUUAUCGCAAGAGUCAAUUUAUCACCCCGAAAUCGAGAACAACCCGGCUCGCACACGUUGGAACAACAUUCGCCACAAGAUCAGAGAUGGUUCGUUCUUCGUACUUGCCACACCACCAGCAAUGUUGCCCGGCGAUGGCAUGGCAGCUGCAACACGGGCACGCAAUGGAGCUGAAGUGGAUUUCGCUCAGAUUUUCACCAACGCACAACAGGCACUACUUCACAGCCCCCCGCCCACUCAACAAGAGCAUGAUGAUCGGCAGCAUCACAGCUUAGCAGAUAUGCACACUGCUCGAGCAACCCAGAAUGCCCAGGCACCCUCAACAUUCGAAAUGAAUCAGCAAAGCAACGCCAUACGUCGCAUGUCCAACUUCAUCAACAGUAACAUGUCGAACAUCCGCCGAUUAAGUCGAUUGCCAGCGGAGUACGACUUCGCGCAAGUGAUGGCUGUCUAUGGAAAGCAGCCCCAACCCACCAGCACGGCUCCUCGCAUGCACACAAAGUCACCAAGUAUGAGCGUCACGCAAGGCCUUCGUACGAGGGCAGCCACAAAUGCCUCCCCUCCAUUACCUGCCCCCCAACCGUUGCGAACUCGCAAUCCGCAACAGCCGAACAUGGAGCAGCAGUUCCUUUCCCACACAUCAUCACCAGCACCUCCUGCAUCAAACCCUAUGUCGGCAGCCAUGACACAACUCAACCGCCGGCAACCGCCACGCAGCUCAACACCUCUGCCAGCGUCACCGCGCGCUUCAUUAGCUUUGAAUACGGCAAGACCGCUGCUGAACCGACGCAAUCUCAGUGGCGACGAGAAGAUACCACCAAUGCCGGUUCUCGCAUCACCAUUAUCGAUUUCGGCAAGGAGCGCGCCAGGAGGGCCAACCUUACCAGCAGGUUUGAGGGCGUUGAAGCUGGGAAGCAUGAGUGGAGAUGAAUUGAGGUUUCAGCGAGUGCAGCAGACGAGGUGA